CAAAAAUUCUUCGGCAACGUUCUUGGUUUAGUCUCCCAUUCUCCUCUGUUUUCACGGUGUAGCGGAAGCCGAACAGAGCCCUCUGCACUAGAAAAGACACAAAAGAGAACAGAGGAACAACUGUCUCCCCUUCUUGUGUUUUCUUCUCUCUUCUCUUGUUCUCUCUUCUCUUGUUCUCUCUUCUCUUGUUGUCUGCCUUCUCUCGCUUCUUGUUCUCCCCCGCCUUAUUUUUUCUCUGCGUCGUUCUCCGUCCGCCUUUUCUGCGGCCAAUCUCCUCUUGCCUUGUUUCCCCAGACCUCUGUUCCUUCCGUUUCUCUUCUUUUCUCGCUCUCUCCGCGCGAAGCCUUUUUCUCUCUUGAGUUCCUCUCCACUUUUCAGCAGAAUGUUCGCACGACGCGGCGGCGGCGACGGCGCAGCCUUCAACGCCCUCGCCGCGGCAGCGGCUGCCUCUGUCGCUCGCGCUGCUUCCUCUGCUUCCUCGCUUCCUUCCUCUUUUUCUUCUUCUUCCGCGGCGGCUGCGCCGGGAGGCCGCGAGCGCGAGAAGGCGCCGAGAAGCGAGGAGCGCGAGUUCGGAGACGAGCGUCGGGAAGAGCGGCGGAGGCGCCGGGAGUCGCCUGAGGAGGAGAGCCGCUCUUCGGCGUACAGACGGAGGCAUCGCGAGAUGCACGAUGAGGAGGAUAUGGGGAGAAACGAGCGGAGCUACAGACACCGGCGGAGAGAGCGGGAGAGAGAGACCCGCGAAGCGGGGGAGAGAGGGCGCCGCGAAGGCGGUUCUCGGAAGGCGCGACACGGAGGCGACAGCGACGGCGGGAGGUUCUGUUACUACGACGACGGCGGACGAGAGAGGAGCCGAGAGCGGAGGGGAUUCGAAGAGGAAGAGCGGUCGAGGAGGAGUCGCCGCCGCGGGGAAGACAGCUACGUGGAAGGUGGAGAGAGCGGGCGCGGCAGCGAACGCAGAGUCCGUCGGGAAGAAGAAAGCUCCCAUGUCGAGGACGAGGGGUUCUACUCCCGAAGAGAGAGGGAGAAAUCGAGGCCAGCGGACGAGGGAACGCGGCGACACUCCACCCACGACAGUCCGCGCUCUCCAGCUCCGGCGUCGCCAUUCCAAGACGACCGAGAGAGAACUCGAGACCGAGGAGAGAGAGGCGAGAGAGGCGAGAGAGGCGAGAGUGAGCGGGUGGAGAGAGGAGAGACCUUUCGCGACGGGGAGAGAGAGGACGAGCAACGUCGCCGGCGAGGCGAGGACGAAGGCGGAGACCGAUCGACGUCGAGGAAGCAAGGAAGGGAUCUACACUCGGAGAGAGGCGACGGCGAGCAGCUACGAGAGAAAGGCGCGUUCGCGUCUCCUGCAGGCGGCCAGCGCUGGUGGGAAAGGGGAACUGGAGGAAGUCGAGAGAUUGCCCGAGGCGAGGCGAGGUACCGUCGAGGCAGAACUCGUGGAGGAGAUCGAAGACGGAGCGUCCACGAAGAGGAGCCUCCAGCCUCCGACGCAGACGGACCGCGGCCUGCGCCUGCCGCGGCGCCGGAGCUCGAGGCAGACCGCGAGCGAUUCUGCGGCGAAGAGAGGAAACUGACAGUCACUUCGAACGUGAGCAUGCAUGCGCCUGGCGGAAGAAACUGGACAGGAGGCCCUCCGAGACACGGAGACGGUCGGCCGCCAGAGGCCUUUCGCGAAGGACGCGAGGGAGAAGACCGACCUGAAGAGCGAGACGUAAAACUCGACGGCGGCGACGGCCCGACGCAUGGUGGAGAGAAACCGUCUCCAGACGCGCUGCCUUGGUGGGAAAAGCUUGCGCUGCAGCGGAGAACUCGCGGCGGCUUCCGCGGCCGAGGAGCCUUUCGCGGCGGCUUCCGCGGCGCUCACGCCCAGCCUGGCAAUCCGCAAGCCGAGGGACAGUUCAGCGGGCCUGCCGCGCGCAGAGGCUCUGGCGCGCCCCCAGGACCUGGCAGCUUCCCAGGCGCUCCUGGCGGCGAGACUGGAGACGGCGUACCUCCGCAGCGACCGACUCCCGGCGCGCCGGCCGGCUCCGCUGUCCCGCCUGCUCUCGGCGCAGAGUCAUUUGCCUUCGUUCCCCCCGUCAACGUUCAGCUGCGGCCUCGAGCCUUCCAGCCUGGCGCCCCUGAGGAGAGGGGAGACAAAUUUUUUCCGGAAGAAGAAGCCUGGCCUGGCCGCAGCCCAGUCGUCAUUCUCGGUCCGCGGCCGAUGCCAAGGCCCUUCCCUGCCGGCAGAGGCGCCGCGCCAGUGCGAGGCGCCCCUGUGCCGACUGGUCCACGGCCGAGACCGUUUCCCCCGGGGAUGCAUCCCGGCGCGCAUCCCCCAGGCUUUCCAGAAGACGACAGCGGCGGCGUUCCGGCGUUUCCGGCUCGCGGUUUCCGACCGUCUCUGCCUUUUUUUACGCAGCAGCUCCCGGAGGGCGAGGGUCCCGCGCCUGUCUCGCUGUCAGACAACCGCGGCCAGAACGCGCCGUUCUUUCCUUGCGAGCGAAGCGAAAUAUCGUCCCGAAGGCCUCCCAGCCAGCCCCGGGGAGUCAGCGAAGAAGCCGCCGGCGAGUGCCCGCCAGGCCUGCAGGCCGCGCAGGGAGGCCGCGAGGUCAGCGGCGCAGGACCUUUUUCGGGGACGGCGCCAGUGAUUGUGAAUUUGAAGGCGACUGAGGCCCCAGAGGCCGGUGCGCCGUUCGCGGCGGAUCGGCCGGAGGUCCCGGAGUGUGCCGCAGGCAUCCGCGCUCCUCGAGUGAUCAACCUUUCUUCUUCCUUUCCGAUGAAUUCGCCGCCUCCACCUCCGCCGCCGACUUUUCCUUCCUCCUUCCCCAACGCCUUUCCACCCUACGCCGCCUCCUUCCCGCCGCCCCCCGCCGGCGCGUGUGGGCCGCCGGGACCGCGCGGCUCCGAGGGGACGCCGGCGCAGCCGCCGGGACCGCCGCGCUUCGGCAAAGGGCGUUGCGAGGCCUUAGGCGAGGGAGAAGAAGCUGAGAGACAGGCGUUUUUCGCGGCGCCUCUCGGGGGAUUCCAAGGCCCAGCCUUCGCAAGAGGUCCCGGACCAGCGGGAGGACCGCUAGGCGAGGAGCGGUUUGGGCGCGAAGACGGUCGCGAGAGCAGAGGACUGGGGGACCGCGAAGAGCGACCCAGAGCCGACGACUUCCAAAUGCCUUUCGCAGAGGCCGAUAAGGCGGGAGCAGGCGCAGGUGCAGGUGCAGGCGCAACGGGAGAAGAAGAUCAACUCUUCGCCUGGCUCGAGAUGGAAUUGGCCGCCGUCACCAGCGACAAACUGCUUGCGGAAGUCAGUGAAAUGGUGUGCGUUGAUCUCGUGAACGACUCAUCUCUCGCUGAGAUGCUCGCGGAGAGGACAGGCCUCCCCCUCGCCUCUCGCGCGUCGCCUCCUUCGCCUUCCCUGUCUCCUGCAGCCGCUUCGCUUUCGUCCGUCCCCGCGGUCGCUCUGCCUCUCCUCUUUCAACUCGCUGCCGACGAAACUCACACCGAACUUCCUUCCUGCUCUUCGCCUGGGGGUUUCGAGGCUUUUCCCCUGCCUGCAGCGCUCGAGGGAAGUCGCCUGUUGUCGACGAUUGCCGCCGACGCCCUGGCGCAGCGAGAGCCAGCGCGAGAACAAGAGGGGGAAGACUCGAAGCAGGGAGCAGUGAAGCGUCACCACGUGGAUCCGGAGGAGCGGCGAAUCGCUGAAAAAGCGACUUCUUGCCAAGCGUCUGUUCCUCGAAUUUCGCUUUCGUCGCUGCGCGCGACACUCUCGUUGGCGCCGUUCUCGCUUGGCCUCUCAGCUGGACCCCAAGCGAGAGAGAACAAGGGAGAGAACAAGAGAGAGAUCAAGAGAGAGGAGAGAGAGAAGCGGCCGCGAUGUCUCGAGGAUCUGGGAUGGAUGAUCGAUGCGGACGGCAUGUUGAGGCGCGCGGCAUGAAGGCGCGCGUCUUCACAGAGUCGGAGGCUGACGAGAAGACUCAAAAGAAGCGCAGAGGCGACCUCUGCCGUCUGCACAGACACCCGAUAGAGAGAGCUUCGUUGUGUUUCACCUCGCGCUCGGUCUUUUUCCGCCGCAGGCUGGCUGGUUUUGAGAAGGCGGGGAAGGAGGGCAGUUCAGAUGCGCAAAGAGAAAUGGUGAAAGAUGUCGCCUACACUUCUCAUUGUACACGGGUGGUGCAUGCAGAUGCACAAAAUGCAGCCGAGCAGACGCGGAGAAGGCAGUCGACGGAAAGGCUUUCUUUUCUCUCCCCGAAGAAGCUGCUUUUCAAAGUCUUCUUUCUAUUCGACACCAUGAUGCUGCGUCCGCUUUCGGCGCGACGCUGGACAAGAAACCUCUAAAAAAAAGCUCUCUUCACUUGUGUUGAAUCCUAAAAUACGUGAUGGCGGACCUCGGAAACAUUUCUCUCUUCUCCCCGGCAAAGGCCCAUACCUGCGAAAUCGUUUUUACCAUAUGUGAACAGCGGCUGCGGCCUCAGUGUCUUUUUGUCUUUUUGCAUUCGUUCCGCUCUAUAUAGUUCGACGCCUCCACCCGAGUUCUUCCACUUUUGCCGUUUUCUUGACUCUCCGAACUGCUUUCUCGCCAUCCUUUCCUUCUCCGUUUUCCUCCAGUUUUCUUCUUCCUGCUCGCUCCCCCUCACUUGCAUUUCACCUGCUUCUUCUUCUCAUUGUGCUUUCCUUUUCCGGUCAUUUCCGCGUUCCCUCUUCGCAGUGUGUGCCUGGUUUGAGAGGCCAGCUCGAGGCUUGCCCAGGCCAGUGGCUUGUCGAGAGUGGAAAGGCCUCGUUUUUCUGCAUAUCGUUUCUGCGUUCCGGCGUCUCGUCUGCGCUCGCUUGUGAGGAAAACGCGUCGUCCUUUUCCCCAGAGACACAGACGCCCUCGGCAAAUCCGAGAGAGGAGACUCCAUGAGAUGCUUAAACCACUGUGUCGCUUUUUAGCUCGAGAAACUCCGUUUCUCUAACGCGCUGG